UUCUUUUAUGAACCCCGCUCGUUUCCGACUUCUGCGAUGUAGCAUACACCAUCUAAUACAUCAUACCAAAUGGAUGUUCCCAAAGGGACCAUCGUUUUCACCACUGUUGGCCGCCAAUCCUAUGGCUUCGACGUUUACUCCGUCAAAGUCCCUUCCCACCUUACCACCUCCACCUUUUCCAACUCCGAUGAACGCUGCCUCACCAACGGCAUAUCUCUCAACUUCAACGCCCAAUUUACUGAAGACAAUCAAUCCAUCGUUUACAUUUCCGAAAGAUCUCAUUUCCCUGCCAUUUUCAUAUCCAAACCUGAUCUUCCCUUACCUCAGCGACUCCCUGGAAUUCCAGAAAGCCUUUUCCAUGACCGUCCCAUCAUAAAAGAUAACCGUCUCUACUUCAUUUCGGCUCAUCAAGAGCCAGAUAAGCUUUACAAAAGCUGGAACGCUCUUUACGCCAUAGAUCUGAAUCAAGAAGGAAAUAGUGUUACUCGUUUGACUCCUUAUGGUGUUAUUGACUAUAGUCCCGCUGUUUCUCUAUCUGGAAAGUAUAUAGCCGUUGGAUCGUACGGGUCUCGCAUUUGGGAUGUUGAAUUUCAGAUGCUUACUACGGAUAUUGUUGUUUUCAAACAAUCCGACCCCGAGAAUCGAGUUGUUGUUUGUGAAAGAGGCGGUUGGCCUACUUGGUCAGGUGAUUCCACUAUUUAUUUCCAUCGCAAGGCUGAUGAUGGAUUUUGGAGCAUUUUUCAAGUUAAUUUCUCCGAUGAUCUUUCUGAGCUUCCAUGUGCUCCGGUUCGGGUUACUCCGCCAGGUGUUCACUGUUUGACUCCUGCAGCUAUGCACGAUGGUAAAAGAAUCGUCGUCGCGACUAGACGGCGGGGCAAGGUUCACAGGCAUAUUGAGAUAUUUGAUAUUGUCUCAAAGACUUUUUAUCCUGUUACUCAGCUCAUCAACCCGAGUUUCCAACACUAUAACCCCUUUGUGUCUCAAGAUUCGUUGUUUAUCGGGUAUCACCGAUUUAGAGGUGAGUCAGCUCCUGGAGAGACCACAAUUCCAAAUUUGGAACCUGUAAAAUCUCCGAUCGAGGGUAUACGUUUGCUGCGACUCAACGGAUCAUUUGCCUCGUAUUCUCCAGAUAGUGAUUAUAUAGCAUUUAAUGCUGGCUUAAGCCAAGGCUUACACAUCGUUAGAUCAAACGGUUCAAAGCGAUGGACUUUAUUCAGCAGAGACCGCACAGCUUUCUACACCUCAUGGAGUCCCACGGAGAAAAACGUGAUCUACACAACUCUGGGUCCAGUCUUCGCGCAUGUUAAUAGAACGGUGCAAAUUGCACGUGUAACCUUUGACCCAUCUGAUCUGAAGCCUGAUCGUAACGAAAUCCCAUGUGAUGUGAAGAUGCUAACGGGAGAAGACUCAGGGAAUAAUGCCUUCCCAGCCUGCUCACCCGACGGUAAGUAUCUCGUGUUCCGCUCUGGUCGGUCUGGUCAUAAGAACCUCUACAUAAUGGACGCCGUCGAGGGAGAGUUUAAAGGUGAUAUACGCCCGUUAACGGAGGGAGCAUGUAUUGAUACAAUGCCUUGCUGGUCACCUAAAGGUGAUCUUAUAGCGUUUUCUUCGAACAGACAUAAACCGGAACAUGCUAACCCAUUUAGCAUCUAUGUGAUAAAACCGGACGGCUCUGGUUUAAGGAGAAUCCACCUGGAGGGAUCGGAAAGGUUGAGCGAGGAGGAGAGGGAGUGGAUGGAGAGGAUAAACCACGUGACGUUUAGCAGCGAUGGAGAGUGGCUUUUGUUCACAGCCAACUUGGGAGGCCUAUCUGCUGAGCCAGUGGCGGUUCCACGUCAGAUUCAGCCGUACGGUGAUAUAUAUGUUGCCAGGUUGGAUGGGAGUGGACUGAGGAGGCUGACGUGGAACGGUUACGAGAAUGGGACGCCAGUGUGGUACCCAGGGUUCCAUGAGGUGCAGUCGCACCCAGAGAAUAAGCCGCAGUUGAUUUCAGGGAACCUGCGUAAUCUGAAAUUGCAUGAAGAGGUGGGGAAGAAUCUUCAUAGCGUGGAUGAAGAAAAACUCAGUGGCCAGUUUAAUGAUCUAACAUGGCUGAGUAUUGAAUAAAUAAUAGUACGGCGAGUUGGUAAUUUCGUUUGCUGAGGUGUGUUUGAAACAAUAUUUAAACAAUAAGAUUGAGAUUUACUUUGGUGGGGAGUGGGGACGUAUACAGUUGUUGAUUCAAUUUGAUAAAUGAGCCUACAGAUAAUGUUGAUUCACUUUCACACCGUUUUAAGUGUAUACCACAAAUGCUCUCCAACCCUUCUUCUGGCAGACUCACUUUCUCUUUUAUAGGUAGAAAGGGAAAUGUUUUAGCCCAUUUUUUAUCCCAUAGAUAUGCCUACUGUCCUUCAACUAUGUUUAACUCUUUGAAUUUUGUACAAUUCCUACCUAUGGUUUUAUUUUUAAAAAAAUAAUGUAUACCACAAAAGUUUUUUUC